AUGCGCACACUCUCCUCCCUUGCUCCCUCCCUCUCAGCUGACUCCAGCAGCAGCAGCAGAGAGAGGCAGGAGGCAGGGCAGCUCCCCCUCUGCAGUCACGAGCUACCUGCGGCGAGAAUAUCCCAGCAUGGCAGCAAGCGAGUGAGACCCGACAAUGGCUACCGGACAGCGCAGUUCGUCUUGAUGAGGGGUUUCAAGAUUAGCUGUACAGCCACUAACUCCCAGCGCAGCACCCCGGUCUGCUCACCUGUCCUCCGUAAGCGCUCCCGCUCCUCCACGCCUCUGCACAUCCCCAGCAGCACCAUGGUGGAGAAGGGUUCGGACCAGGGCACGGACCGCUCUCCCACGUCCCCUGACCAGCCGCACCAAGGCCCUCACCACCAGCGCUCCCUCUCCCAACCCCUGCACACGAACCACCACAACAGCAACAGCGGCCGCUCUGGGGGGAAGAACUCUAGGUCUCACAAGCGGCACACUAAAUCUGACAAGUCAAACCUGGUUAAAAAGAGCCAGAGCUGGUACAAUAAAGAAGAAUUCCAGGAAACUGGUAUCUGCAGACAGGGACAGGAGACUUUCUGA